AUGGAGAGGUGCUGCAAAUCCCCGCGUCGGUCGAGCAAUCCCUGCAGAAACUGGGACUAGACUUGCGUAUCGCGAGGGAAGACCUGCCGAGAAUUUUCUAUGACCGGUUGCUUGCUAUCGAAGAGUCCGCCGGGGCCGUGGUCAGGAACGCGCUGCGGCAGUUUGAGAAAAAAUCGGGUCUCAUGGUGGAACUGCACCAGAAACAGCUGCGAGCUGAGGGGGAUAAGGUAUCUGUUACUUCUUUGCUGUAGUUACAUGACAUGACAGAUGAUUUUUUUGUCCUCAUGGUCAUACCAUGCGAGCAGUGCGGUCAUCUCGUGUCUAUAGGAUAGGACCAUGAUUGUGAUAGUGAUUCAGCAUGACAAAGAGUGUUGAAUGCGUUUCAAGUAAAAAACUGAUCUUUAGAUUCGCGAAACUGAGCGCCGCCUGGUAGACGCGGAGAAGCGGGAGCAGGAUCUGCUGGAGGUUUUAAGCAGUUUGAAGGACGAGAUUCAGUUUAAGGACGAGCAACUGGACGCGAUUCAAGACCGGCUGGACAACGUGGAGGUGCUGGAAUCGAAACUGGAGCAGGCGGAGCGGGAGUUGGAAAGAUCCUUUCUGCUAGGAUCUUCGAACAACCACGCGAUAAUAUCAAACAGGGAGCAGUUCGGAGGAACAGGUUUCGUGCACAAUCCUGCGUCGGCCCCGACGAUGCCGUUUCUGAAGAAAGCGUUCUUUCCAGGACCGCCACCCGGAGGUGCUGGGAUAAGUGGAGAAGAUUCUGCAAGUAGAACGCCAACCUACGAGGAGAAGUUUUUUUAUCUGAAGGAGAAAUUUGCCGAGCUGCUGGAGGAGCACACGAAUCUUCUGAAAAGCAGCACCGAGAACUACGGCAAAAAUUAUAACGGGCCAAAUGCCCCCGCUCUCGUUCCCCAAAGCCUGAUCGAGCGGGGCAUCAACGUGAAUGCGCGGGCGCAGCUAGCCCUGCACCAAGAGGAACUGCGACCGAUCACCGUUGACCGAGAGUUGGAAGACUGGCUGUUAGCCGGCCGCGGGAACAGCCCCGCGGCGAGAAGUAGCAGACGGGUGGAGAAUUUAAAUUCUUUCGGAGUAGAUGAAAAAGGGUUCUUUUCAACAUCAUCCUCUGAUAACGCAAUAGCUGCAUCAGCAAGCCAUACCACUUGCGAACCGCUGGAAGACGUGCUGACGCUGGUGGGGCUCUGUGAGUCCUCCCUGUUGAAGAAAGCCGAGCAGGGCCCAGCCGGGGCCUUCAAUGUGAAGCUGGAUGUGCCGUUAUUAGCUAGCUUGGACUACACGGAGAUACCGGAGCAGUUGGUGGACAGUGUGCUGGAGAAAUUGGAAAGGAAGUUCGGCAGCAACAAAGCCGCAGAACCUAGCAGCACAACCGGGUCUGGAGUUCCUCUCUCCGCCUUCACCGAACUCUCCUCCGAGCUUUUUACAAUGUCAGCUACGUCGUCGUGGUCCUCUUCGAGAGCAGCAGCACCAGUAGCGUCCUCAGACCAAAUAGACAAAGUCCUCGACCGCUACAGCGAGGCGCUUUCUGGAAGUCGUGGCUUGAACCAGUCGGGUUUGGACCACAGUGCAGCUUCUGCAGAGCGUUCUCUCUCUUUGUUUGCGAAAGUGAAGGAGAUGCAACGGCGCGGGGCAGAUAAGGAAAAUUCCGUCGUGGAAGUAGAGAAUGAGGGAGUUGUGACCAUCCACCGCUUGAAGCAGCUAGUCAUCGUCGGCCAGGACCCGACCUUGAUCCUCAAGCUGAUGCAGUUAGGCGCGUGGAAUAUCAAAUGCAAAAAUGUCUGCGUCUGGAAGGUUGGAACUUGUGAUGCUAACUUUGGACUCUAAAAAAAUCUGUAUUGCAUGACCACCAGCAAGAGGAGUCUAGUUUGUGCUACGCGGGGAGGGCGUUUGUCAUGCGGAGUAGGCAUCAGGAAGCCCUCUAAAAAUCUGUGAUGCUAGGCGUGCCUUACAGACGUCCUGGGUCAUGCAAAACAUGCAUGACAAGCAAAACAUGCUUAACUGUGUGAAAGGUGUCGGCCCUGAUCAUCCUGCUGCGGCAGGCAGGUGAAUUCGUAGAACUGCAUCACAUGUUAAGUAACGCACACCGGCCUCCUAAAUUAGUGAUGAAUUUACAUGCGAAGACACAGAGUGGGGCCCAAUGAAAAAAAAAAACAUGCAUGACAAGUCUCACAAUGUUUCAGACCCAGACAUAUUUGCAAUCCAUAUGGAAGAAUUUUCUGCAAUCCUGCCUCGCGCACCAACACCGCCUGUUUGGGAACAUUUCGGCGGGAAAAGUCGAACAUAUUGCAAGAAAAAAGUGUUACGGUUACACACAUAGUCUAUGCAGGCCAAGCAAGACAGACAAGCUCUGUCAUGCCGGAUAUGCACAGGAGCCUCGCUUCAUAGGUGUUUUCCCCCCGUAGGAUUUCUGCAUUACAAGUUUUCUCUCUCAUGCAGGGACAUUUGUGUUGCUGAAUUGCCUACAAGUGUGUAACUGUAACACUUUUUUCGUGGGAUAGAACAAUUAGAACAGACAAUACGCAAGGAAACGCAGGAACAUUACCGGGAGCUGAAAAAGCAGGAGAGCUUUUUCCAGCAAGCCCUGGCAAAAGCGGUGGUGACGGGGAAUAAUAAUCAGCAGAACGACAAUAUGCAAGAAAAAAACUGUGUAGGUGUAACUCUGUAAUGCAGAACAUGCAACAGAGCUACACCUGUCAUGCCAGACAACCAUGAAGUCCUCUUUUCAGGUGUGUUUUCCCUUGCAAGCCACGCAUGACAGGUUGUCUCUGUUGUGUAGAGCAAAUUUGUGAUGCUGUCAGCCAGGGAGAGUGACACUAACACAGUUUUUUCCUUGGAUAGACAGCACCGGCCCGUUCAACUACGACGAGGAUGAAAUAAACAACGCAUUUGCAACGUCAACUACUACUUCACCCGGAGCAGCAGGUCCAGCGAACACCAGGAUUUCCAAGAAGAAUCUGAAUCCGAAUUUCAAAUUAUGAGAGUGCGCAACUCCCUCUCCCCCUCAUUUGUCAUGCAAAAUACCAAACUCACCCAUUGCCUCUUGGCACUGUUUGCAUGACAAGUUCUGGUAGAAAUCACGCUGUUCAAAAUUUCUGUUUUGGAGUUUACCGGGUACGCGGUUAAGAGUUUGUCGACGUAAUUUACAAAGGGACGCCCUGCCCUUAGUUUCCCAGCAUGACAAGUUCUGGCAGCGCAAAUAGCCCGACACUCGUGUACAAAUUUGUCAUGCAAAACCUGUAUUCCUGCUGACGCUUGUAUUGCUGUUCAUGCAAUAGCAAUACAAACGAGGGGGAGUUGUGCACUCCCAUACAAAUUCGAGAAGGAAAUCGAGGACCUGCAAGGGGUAUCAAAUGUAAAAAUGUCUGGGUCUGGAAAGAUGCAACUUGUGAUGCGCAUUUCACAUCACACAAAAAUCUGUCAUGCAUGUAAGCCAAAAGGUGCACAUUUCCGGCCACCGAAAGAAGGGCUUUGUCAUGCGGAUGACGCAUUAGGAGACCUUCUCAAAACCUUUCAUGCUAGGGCGUGCAUGGUAGACCUUCUGGGUCAUGCCAAAGCUGCAUCACAAACCUCUGCAUUUUUCCAGACCCAGACAUUUUUACAUUUGAUAAGGGGAAUUGCUGGAGAAGGAGAAACAAUUGGGGCUUUUCAAGCGAAACUACGAAAACCAACUCCGCAUCCUGCGGGAACAGAACGCGGGGCUCAUCAAGAAAGUGAGGUCCAUCGAGCAAAAACAGUUGUCCCCGAACAGCCCGUACCGGCGGCUCCCCGGCCAGGCGGCCACGACCGGCAGCCCGAUCUUGGAUAAGUUGCUGCAAACGAAAAAGGACGAGGUUCUGGAAAAUGACCAGAACGUAUCACAAUGCAAAAUCCCCGCCCCUCCCAAUAUCAAAAUGGAAGUCUCUGAUCCGGGAUUUGUGUACACAAAUCAGCUUUGUCUUGCAGCACGGGACUGCAGGCAGUUGCAAAGCCCGGGCGGGGGUGUUCUGGGGUAGGCGCUUUUUAGCAUGUUGACAGACGUCUGCCCUAUGGGUUUAAAAGCAUCACAAGCAGCCUGCAUAAUGCGGCGGGCUCUCUGGAUCUGGAUUUGCCUUCUUGCAAGACAAACACAAGAUGUGGCUUUAAAUCAGCAUCACAAAUUUUCAGAGGCAUGCUGCUUCCAUAUUGGGAGGUGGGAUUUUUCCGCACAAUAGAGCGGGACCAGCAUCAACAAGGAGCAGUUGGCGCCGGACCGGUUUUGGAUCUCGGAUUUGGAAUAUGAAAUGCAAAAGUGUCUGGGUCUGGAAGAAUGCAACUUGUGAUGCUGCAUUUGGAUGUCUAAAAAAUUUGUGUUGCAUGAGCAGCAAAAGGAUUCUAAUUUUUGCCACGCGGAGAGGGCAUUUGUCAUGCGGAAUAGACAUCAAGAACCCCUCAGGAAACCUGUGACGCUAGGGCAUGCAUCACAGACAUCAUGGCUCAUGCAAAAUGUGCAUGACAAGUCUCAGAAUCUUCCAGACUCAGACACUUUUGCAUUUGAUUUGGAACAGGCGGUCACGAAAGAGAUCGCGAGACUGCACGAGCAAAUCAACCGGUCGUGGGUGCAGGCCAGCGAGUGGCGGCGGAAGUGUAAGGAGUUAGAAGACAACGUCGGUCUUCCGAACCGUAUUGAUCCUAUGUCAGGGACGACUUCGCCGGUGAAUAUCCAGGAGCUGGCGGAGGAACGGCAGCAAGCGUUACUAGAGGCGAUGGAAGCUGCUAUGCGGGAAGAACGAGAGGCCAUUUUGAAGGCGUUGAAGAAGGCACGAAGCAAAACGGGGGAGACGAGUAAAACGAGCCACGAGCAGGAGGAGCAGGCACGUUCUUUGAAUGAUGAUGACAACCCGUACCUGGAUAGAAAAUCCGCCACCGCAGGUGGUCGUGCGAGAAGUACUUCAAUUUACGCACGGGGUCACAAUUCUACUUUUUGACGCGGGUUCCAGCGCAAAAACCAAAGGGCAAAGCGCGGCCGCAAGUAGGUCGUGGCAGUUGGUUCGGUUUGAAAAAUCACAAACAGAAAAACUAGGGCGCGAAACAAGGCGAAAAAGCGGCAUCACAUGGAGAAGUAAAAUGCUGGAUAAAGCCGCUCGUGCUGAGGGAACAGAGAAGCACUUAUCCGGUGGUACCUAGGGGGCCAAAAAUUUCUGCAUGCGUGUCCUCCACGCGGGCGGCCCCUGGGUGCGUCGCUGUGGUUGUCAAUCCGCGUGAGGGGUGAAAAGGGAUUGGGCGUAGCAACUCACGCCAUUGUACCUUGAGCCAAAAUGCCGACAUCGCAAGCUUUGACACAUUGAUCUUUUAGUCCACAAGUCUCAAUUAAGUGUGUGCAGAUCUGGCGCGACAGGUUUUCGGCAUUCAGAGCAUUGAUGUCAACCUGAAGCGUCGCUUAUUGAGACUUGUGGAUUAUGAAAUCGAUGUCAAGUGUGUUGCAGUGGGAGGCUUUUGGCUCAAGGUACUGUGUCGUGACUUGUUAUGCCCAGUCCCAUUUCACCCUUCGCGCGGCAUGGCGGGCGCGAACUUCGCUCUUAGCCCUUUAGUUUUCCGUCGGGAGAAGUAGGGCUCUGCAGCAUGGCCUGGUGCGCGAUAUUAAUCCGCGCCCCAUACAACCAUGGCGGAACACUUUAUUCUGGGUGGUACGCUGCAGAUGUUUUCUGUAGUUGAUGUCUUUGGAGGCAAAAAAGGAUAGAAAAUCCGCCACCGCAGGUGGUCGUGCGAGAAGUAGAAGUGGUCCGUUGUAUGAGGACCAACACAAGCAGCUUGGUGACGCAGCUGGUACUACAACCACACCAGCUGCUGACGAUGAUGGUGCAGCAGCCAACUAUCCACCUCGCGAUUCGUUUUAUCUGGACGUGAGCGAGGAAAUCACGAGGUUAAAGACCACCAAUGCGAUUUUGAAGGCCGAAAACCGGGUGUUGAAGCACGACAAGAAGGCGCUACAACUGGACAACGCGGGCAAAGUUUCAGAGGCUAUCACAUGCAAAAAUGUUUGGGUCUGGAAGAAUGCAUGUUUGUCAUGCUUCGAUCUGGUAUGACUCUUAAAUCUGUCAUGCUCGUUACCCAAGAGCCCCACCAUUCUGUCAUGCAGAAACGCAGUUUGUCAUGCAGAAGAGGCAACACCUAGAAGGUCAAAAACUUGUCAUGCUGAGCCAGCACUUAUGGCCUCCUCAUGAUACGCCACCCAGCAUCACAAGUUUCCAGACCCAGACAUAUUUGCAAUGCAUAGAGGCCCAGGCGAUGCAGAGACGGGUCAAGGAACUGGAAGCGCUGUACGACGUCCCCGGGGUCCGGCUGCAGUCGCAAAGCGCGAGGGAGAGGCAAAGUCGGGUCGGGUCCAAGUCGUCAGCCGGAACGAUGAGUCCGGCAAAUCUUAUCGAGGAGCGUCGCACUAGUAAAAAUAAAGUGUUGAACGGCAAUAAGAACCGACCUCCCACCGAGAAGAUCACGAACUCCCCCUCGCCCAGCGAAAGGAGAACGGUGAACUACCGGGCGUAUCCAAAGAUAAAAGUGUUACAGUUCCACAUUGUGUUGCAUUCCACGCAGCAGAGACAAGCUCUGUCAUGCACAGAACGCUUUCGAGCCCCACCUCAUACGUGUUUUCGCUUAAUAUGAUCUCUGCAUUGCAAGUUUUCUACUCUGUCAUGCAAGGCAAGUUUGUGAUGCUGCACUCACUACAAAUGUAUAAACACUUUUUUCCUUGGAUAGGGCGUCUGGCGCGGUCAUUCUGGAAGAAGACGAAGACAGCCCGGUCCACGCGAAGAAGAUAUUAAACCCGGAAGAGGACCGAGAAAAUAACGUGUCCAAGAGGAAAAAGCUAGAGGAGCUGCAGAGCGGGGAUAUUGCGGAGGUGAUGCAGCAAGAAAAACUACUUUUCAGCGCAAAAAUGACUGCAGGAACAAAUAACACGAAAGGAAAUCAGCAGCAGAAAGCAAGCACCACGAAACGACUGCACAGCUCCUUCGGGCAGGAAAACGAGUUUUAUGACGAUGACGUUAAUAGUGAAGACGAUCCUGAUCAUGAUGGUGCGCCAGCUGGUGCUGGGGUAGUUCUUGGAGCAAGUGAAAGAAGACCAAGAUACAAGGGUGAGAAUGAUGAAAACAUCGAGGAAGAUUUCGAGCAAUUUUUGUUCGACGAUACCCGGUAUCAAAUGCAAAAAUGUCUGGGUCUGGGAGGUUGGAACUUGUGAUGCUAACUUCGGACUCCAAAAAAAUCUGUAUUGCAUGACCAGCAAGAGUAGUCUAGUUUUUGCUACGCUUGGAGGGCAUUUGUCAUGCGGAUUAGGCAUCAGGAAGCUCUCUAAAAAUCUGCGAUGCUAGGUCAUGCAUUACAGACAUCCUGGGUCAUGCAAAAUAUGCAUGACAAACCCGGACACAUUCCAGACCCAGACAUUUUUACACUUGACACCCGGGAGAAAAAACUGUCCCGACGCUCCAGUCCGCACAGUAUGGCAUCCGCUUCGAAAAUUAUGCACGAAUCUCCUUCGGAAAUCGUGAUGCGGGCGGAAUUGACGGGGAAAUACGAGCGUCGCAUCGCCAUUCUGCAGGAACAACUGGGUACGCAGCAGCGGCGGGCGGACCGGUUGGAGAAGGACUUCCGGGCCCUCGAGGACCAGAGGGGCAAAACGUCCGCGGAGCACGAGCGCAAUAUGCUGCGGGCGAAAUUCACGGUGCUCGGGACGCAGUUGAAAACGGUGCGACAGCAAGUCCGGCAGCUGGCGAGUGAUAGCUCCGAGCUGGUGUUCGGGCACAAGAUCCCACUGGGCGAAACGGGGAACAGUGCGGGCGCGGAUUUCAGUCGACGGGCGGGUACAAGGAAUUCUAGCCCAAAGAACAAUUCUUCUGCAACCGUAGCCAGCCGGUACAGCCAAAGUCUGGACCGGAGAACUACAGGGCGUGGAACCCGGGCUACCUACGUCCGGGAUCCAUCGUCCUCGCGCACGCGGCCCUUCUCCCCCUCGCAGGGAAGGUCUCCUGCUACGAGAAGCCCAUCGAGCAGGUCCAGGUGGUCGCCUUCCCAGGGGUAUCAAAGUGAAAAAAGCCCCCACCCCAUAUCAAAAGGAAAUUUCUGAUGCUGGAUUUGCGUGCACAAAUCAGAUUUGUCUUGCAGUAGGGGACUGCAGGCCCAUACCAUGCCUGUGUGCAGAGGUUUUGGCCUAGGCACUUAGCAUGGGGAACGCCUAUGCUGUAGGACCAACAGCAUUACAAACCGCCUGCAUAAUGAGGCGGAGCCCAUGCCGUUGCUUUCUUGCAAGACAGACGCGAUUUGUGGUCACAAAUCAGCAUCGCAAAUUUUCUGAGGCGUUCCUUUUCGAUAUGGGGAGGGGGGAUUUUUCCUUACGAUAAGGGGGUCUUUAGCCCGGAAGGGGGCGUGUUUCAGCAGCACCCAAGGACGGCGACGGGUGGGGGAUCGUUGUCCCCUGCGAUAUGGAUUGCAAAAAGGUCUGGGUCUGGAAGAAUGGAAGAUCUGUCAUGCUCUGCUAGCAUGACUCCAAAGUCUGUCAUGCUCGUUAGUACCCAAGAGCCCCACUGUUCUGUCAUGCCGAAACGCGGUCUGUCAUGCACAAUACGCAACACCUAGCAAGUCAGAAACUUGGCAUGCUGAGCCAUCACUUGUGGCGUCCUCAGGACUCGCCACCCAGCAUCACAAGUUUAUUUCAGACCCAGACAUAUUUGCAUUUGAUAUAAGAGGCUGGGGUCGAAAUUGUCCACGACGUCUUUUCAGUCCGGCAACUCCGCUAUGAAUGUGCACAACUCCCCCUCCCCCUCAUUUGUCAUGCAAAAUGCCCAAUGCAGUCCGUGCCUCUGAGCAGCGUUUGCAUGACAAGUUCUGGCAGCCCAAAGAGCACUACAAUCCUAUGCAAAUUUGUGAUGCAAAACGUGCAUUCUGGCUGUGGCUUGCAGUGCCGUUCAUGCUACACAAAUGAGGGGGAGGGGGAGUUGUGCACUGUCAUAUCCGCGGCGUUGCUGUCUCCCAGCACCAGCGUCACGAGCUUGACGAAAGGAACGUCUCACGAGCAGAUGCUGCGGGACAUCCAGGUGGCCCUGCAGACCAUUCGGCAGUGCAAGGAGGAGCUGGCGUACUGGGGGGCGGGCGAUUUGUAUCGCAAGAAAAAAAGUGUGUAAGUGUAACUUUUUGGCAGGAACAGCAUGACAGAUUUGUUUUGCGUGACAGAGAAAACCUGUCAUGCGUCGCUAGUACGCGAAAACUAAACACGUAAGUAUCAAAAUAGCUUCUAAAGCAUAUCCAGCAUAACAAGUGUAACUGUAGCGCAACAUCUGCAAGACAAAGUUACACUCACACAGUUUUUUUCUUGCAUAAUUUAAUGAAAGAUAAGUCGUGGAAGGACUCGGUCGAACAGAAGUACAAGGAAAAGCUGCAAGAGUUGAAGUUCGCACAGGAAAAAUUGGAGAAGGAAUUAAAAACUACGGCCCACAGCCGGGAUUCCCUGGAACGAGUGAACGCGGAUCUGAAGCACAAGAAUUGGUCGCUCGGGAACGAUCUGAUCCUGAUGAACCAGAAGCUGCAGGCCUUGGAGGUGAAAGACGGAAAGACUAUAAAAUGCAAAUAUGUCUGGGUGGUUUGGAAGGUUGUAACUUGUCAUGCUAAGGCUGGACUGUGAAAAAAAAAAAUCUGUGUUGCAUGGUUAGUACCAAAAGUUGUGGUCCACUUUUGACCACCUAGCGAGGAAGUUUCGGAUGCGGGCUAGGUUUGAGAAAGAUCUCACAGAAUCUGUCAUGCUAUGUCCUGCACGCCAGACGUUAUGCUAUGUCCUGCACGCCAGGGGAAAACCUGCAUGACAAGUCAUCUCCCAAUCUCCCAGACCCAGACAUAUUUGCAAUGCAUAAAGACCGCACGGCAGCAGAGUCCGCCGACCACCGGGUCGGCGCGGGAACUGCGGGAAAAAAAUUUCGAGAAGCAGGUAUUGUGAGGAAAAAGUCCCCCUUCCCGUAUCGAAAACGAAUUUUGUGAUGCUGUUUUUGAGUACACAAGUCGACUUGUAUUGCUAGAAGGCAUAUAGGCGCAGUCGUGGCCUCGUUUACAGGCAAUUUGUCAUGCUGUUUCCCACGUCCAGCUGCCUCUUGUCAUGCUGAAGAUGCAAGGCCUGCUUUCCACGCCACCCAGCACUACAGUUCGCAUAUAUUUUUUCCCUUCUAGCAUGACAAAGCUGAUUUGUGAUCACAAAUCUGCAUUACAGAUUUUCGUUCUGAUAUGGGGAGGGGGGAUUUUUCAUUUUGAUAGCAGGUCAAGGAGGAAGCCCGACAAGAGAUGAAGAAGUUGCAAGAGAGGUAUCAGCUGCAGAUCAAAAAGCUGGAGAAGAUGCUAGAAGAGGCGGAAUUGAACCACGCAGACAGCCGGGUCAGCUUCGCGCGGGCCACCACACUGAACAAAGCGUCGGUUUCUUUUGACAGUUCAACUUUUCCGUUUCAGCAAAACAGUAAAGCUAUGCAUUGCAAAUAUGUCUGGCUCGUCUGGAAAGGUUGAACCUGUAUUGCGUGUCUCGCAUUCCUCAUAGAUCUGUAUUGCAUGAGCAGCAAAACAAGCACCACAUUUUCGUCAUGCAAUAUCUGAUUUUGUAGUGCGUGUUUACCCAUGAAAAAGUGUUUGAAGAAUUUGUCAUGCUUCACUGCACACAAAACAGUACAGGCGCACUCAAUCAUGACCAUUCAGCAUGACAGACCCAGACAUAUUUGCAUUCGAUAAAAGCAGACGUUGCCCUGAUCGAGCAGCUGCGAAAGUAUGAGCAAGAAAUCCCUCGACUAGAAAACGAAAUCAAGAACCUGCGACAAGAAAAGCUGGAACACGACCGAACGAGCGUGCAAGGGAAGGAAUCGAAAAAAGACCGGGAGUCGCUAGCCAUCACGAAACUGAACUUCGAGGUUUCGGAAAAAGACGCUUUGGUCCAAGAGAAACAGGACAAGAUUUUGGAGCAACAGGUAGAAAUCGAGAAGCAAAAGGCCGAAAUUCAGCAAUUGAAAAAGGCUUUGCUAGAGAUGGAGGAAAUGUGCCGGGAAAAGGAUUUAUGCAUUGCAAGUUUUACUGUCCUCUGGGAACAAGUCCACAUCAUCUGGAACUUACAACUGCAACUUGUCAUGCGAACUUAUUUUUUACAAUCUGUAUUGCAUGAACAGCAUCUGUCCAAUUUUCGUCACAUUAAGAAAGUACGUCUCAUGCGGGACGAUAGGGAUGGAGUUGGACACAAGCAGUUUGGGAAAAAACCUGCGAAGCAUGCUCGGCAAAAUAAGCCUUCGGAAGCCAGGUGAAGGAGAACUACGCUCAGAUCAGUACUUAUUUGCAGUGCAUAGCGCUUGAAGAUUGACCGCUUAGAAUUGAAAGAAGAAAAAAUGAAAGCCGAACUGGGCGUCGUUAGGAGCUCAAUCGACGACGUGGCUGCAGACAACGCGGUAUAGAUUCAUAGUCACUCGUGCUCGUCCACAGGACGACGCAUGAAGAUUCACACGCUAGUUGUAAGUACUUACGCCAUGUUGAUACUGCCUUGAUGCCAGCACCUGUGCAGCCUUCUGUUUCUUGUUGUAACAAGUAAAAGAUUCGUGAAGUAGAAGUAGUGGUCUGGUAGUGUCUAAGAGCUGCAUGAUCAUCUUCACGAAUACUAAAAAUGGAAUUGCAACUGUAUCGAAGAUCAACUGAUUACACAUAAUAUCAGGCGGAGCUGGCUAACCUGUCGAAGAAAACGAAGGAGCUAUGCUUCGUGAAAACCGAUGGUGCAACCCAUAUGUAUCAUCUCACGUUUGUCAUGCAAAUUUCUCAUGCGCAGGAGCACCAUGAGGAGACCGAGAGUUUGUCUUCCUACUGGUGUUUGUGCGCCGUCGGCGGAGUUUUCCUUUUCGAUCAUCGUGACCACUAUAGGGCGGGGGCACUAUCGGCUUUUCCAUACGAUAGCAGCUGAAGGGUGUGAUCAAAGGGAAAAAUGCGACGAUCAAAAAACUGUCUGAGUGUAUCGCACGACAAAACUGUGCUGUUGACAUUGUUGCACUUGUUGUGAUGCGGAAAAUUUUUUAGAGCACACAACGACCUGGUUGCCUUGCUAUACUUAAUACCGAUGCAAGGACACCAAGAAACGGCAUUGUUACUCGUGUAGAAUGUGAAGCAUUAGUUUUUCCGUGCGAUAGGGUUAACCCGAAUGCUGAUGAACAACACUGACUCGCUGGAGAAGGCGAAACUGAAUCUAGGACAACUACAGACCCCUGUCCUAGACGCGACGCAAGAUAUUAACUCGUCCGCCUUGGCGGGACGAGCAAAUGAGAUCGACGUGGAAGCCAUGAUUCAUCAGCUGCAAGACGCGGUGACCACGCACUUUGAGGGCCACGCGGAAAUAAUCACAACGACUUCGACGGGAGAUCUUGGCGGCGAUGGUGCAGCUAGGACUGGAGCAAGAACCGCUACCCGUGCGGGAGGCGGCACCGUGAACUUUCCGGCUGACGGAAUUCUCCGGGACGGCAGCGGCGCCGCCAUGGGGUCGUUUAUCCUGAGCAAAAACGAGGACCACAGCACCCGCCCGUAGUCGAAGUGCAGACUAGUACCUGCACGACGACCAAUGCGGCGGGUUCGUGGGGCCCGUGUUUUUGCACAGGAUAUGAUCGUUUGCGGUGAAUUUGACCAUGAGCCAGCAAAUGGUCGCGGAGCUAUCGGAUACGCCGGAUGAAUACACGGCAGAUUCCGCACGGAUGAACCAGAGGCGCAGUAUCGGGUUUGCGUCGUCGGUUGAUAUGUCCAGGGAGGAAAUGCUGUAGAUUUUAUGUAGAAGUGCAUAGAACUACAAGCUGAUCGUUUUUCUUCUGCAAUGAUCAUGAUUUAUUUCAAAAAUGAGCACAUCCACAUUUUCUCUUUCGUUUAUUUCCUGUAGCACAUCAUGAGAUCACGUUCUUGAUGCAGGGGCGGUCUCAUCUAUCAGUUUCAGUUUACAUUACAAAAAAGAACAUAGAAUCGUUUUUAUUCAUUUCCACUCUCUCCGUGUGAGUUGAUUUCCAGUAUUUGUCAUUCACAGAAAACAGCUUUUGCUUGCGUUUGCAUAGAUGAAUGUUCCAUGACCGUUAUGAUCUUGUUGGAAGCCCUAUGAUGGUAGAACGCCAGUAUGCCCAUUUGUGUUUUUUGUAAAUUAGCAAUUGUAGUGCACAAGUGUCACUGUACGCGCAAGUAUAUUGUCACUCACACUGACAGGAAGAUUGCAAGACACAUGCAGGUUCUGAACGCCGCUCGGCUAGCACGUCUACUUAACUCCGUGUUGGAUUGAUCUGUGAUGCAUGGUCUGCACUAAUGCUUCACUUGUUGUUGUUUGUGAUGCAAACUCGCACGACCAGCCCUCCUAUUUUCUCG